AUGGCGGCGCCUGAGCGUAAGUUACAGACAACACCACUUCCGCAUUACUCUUGCGCCCUGAUCCAAGAUGGCGGACGAGGCCACACGGCGUGUUGUGUCUGAGAUUCCAGUGCUGAAAACUAAUGCCGGACCCCGAGAUCGGGAGUUGUGGGUGCAGCGACUAAAGGAGGAAUACCAGUCUCUUAUCCGGUAUGUGGAGAACAACAAGAAUGCAGACAAUGAUUGGUUCCGUCUGGAGUCCAACAAGGAAGGUACCCGGUGGUUUGGAAAAUGCUGGUACAUCCAUGACCUCCUCAAAUAUGAGUUUGACAUCGAAUUUGAUAUUCCUAUCACGUAUCCCACUACUGCUCCAGAAAUUGCAGUCCCUGAGCUGGAUGGAAAAACAGCCAAGAUGUACAGGGGUGGCAAAAUAUGCCUGACUGAUCACUUCAAACCCUUGUGGGCCAGGAAUGUGCCCAAGUUUGGACUAGCUCAUCUCAUGGCCCUGGGGCUGGGUCCAUGGCUGGCAGUGGAAAUUCCUGAUCUGAUUCAGAAGGGUGUGAUCCAGCACAAAGAGAAAUGCAACCAGUGAAGGAUCCAGCCACUGAGGCAGGACAGUGGCUACGUUCCUUUCUUGUGCAUCACACUUCUUACUCAUCUGAUCACUUCCCCCUAUCGCUCUUCCACCUUUGGUUGUUUCUAAGUUACUGCAGCAGGCAUUAUUGAUGAAAACAACACACACACAGUAUUGUCACUGAAUUUUUAAGUUAGGCUGCACAGUGAGGGGAAAGACUUGCUUUAGAAAAUGAAGAGGCAAUUUAUAUUCCCUUUCCAGGUAGAGCAAUGGAGGCCUCAAUCCUGGUGGCAUAGGGAGUAGCUGAAAAUGAGUACAUAGUCUUUUUGAUUUCUGUUGACAACCCAUGAAUAAAGCUGCUUCCCAUGGUAA